AUGAGUUACAGUGGCCAAAAUGAUAUAGUACAUGCUUGUCAAAUCAUUGCUACCAAAGUGAAGGAUGGCCUUCUUCAACCUGAAGAUAUAACUAAAUAUUUGUUUGAGAAACAUCUUCAAACUAAUGUCAUUGCCAUGCCAUUGCCUGAUUUGCUUAUUCGAACAAAUAGCCAAUUACGUAUAAGUAAUUACUAUCUUUGGCAAUCAAAUUAUAGUGAGAUGUACUUCACUGAUACACUUUGGCCAAAUUUUGGAGAAGAUGAAUCUGUUAAGGCGUUACGUUCAUAUUAG